AUGAGUGAGGUGAGUGAGCCCUCUUUAAAGGGCUCGAGGGGCCCCUCCAGCCCCUCGGGGCUGCUUGUGCUUGGGCUCAACCCGGGCCUCCAGACCAUCUUGCGCCUGCGCGCGCUGGACCUGGGUCAGGUGAACCGGGCAGAAGCAGCAAUGACGGGCGUUGGCGGCAAGGGUCAAAAUGCCGCCAAGGCUGCUCAGACAUUGCUGAGCAAGCUGCGGCCAGAGAGCAUGUGUGCCGUGAUGGUGGCGCAGUUUCUUGGUGGGACCACCGGUGAUGAGGUGCAGCGUCUCCUGUCGCAGCAGGGUAUCCAAGACAUUACAACCCAGACGGGUGCCAUGACUCGACAGCUGGUAACGCUGGUGGACUAUGCUGCGGGUCCUGCCUCCGGCAGUCACGUUGAUCCGGUGGUCACCGAACUCAUCGCUCCCUCGCAGCCGAUCCAUGACGCUGCAUCACGGGAGAUGUUGGCAAAAGUUACAGAAGCUGCUCCAAGCUUUAAGUGCAUUCUGCUGAUGGGCACCUGGCCGAGUGGCACAUCUGCUGAGAUCUACGGGGCCGCCGCGGCUGCCAAGGCAUCUGGCGCCCAGUGCUUGCUGGAUGCCGUGAAGCCGGUGGAGGACAUUAGCAAUCUGCUCGCAAGUGGGAACGUCGAUAUCUACAAGGUCAAUGCCAUGGAGGUGUGCACGUUGAUGGGCAUGGUCAGCGCCCAGGGUGUAAGAGAAGGAGAGGUCCAUGAACAUCAAGUUCGAGAGGCUGUGUCAAAGAUGUUCGACCGGUAUCCGGGAGUGAGGCAUGUGGCCAUCACCGUGCCUGGCUUGCAAGUUGAUUCCAAGACACUCAUGAUCUCGUUCUUGCCUUUUCCCACCCAGAAUUGA